AUUUUCAGGAUUUGAUGGUUCAGGAUUUGAUGGAAUCGAGAUCCAUGGGGCUCAUGGUUACCUCAUUGAUCAAUUCUUAAAGGAUGGGAUCAAUGACCGAACAGAUGAUUAUGGUGGAUCAAUCAACAACAGGUGCAGAUUCUUAAUGCAGGUGAUUCAAGCAAUAGUUGAUGCCAUUGGUGCAGAUCGUGUUGGUUUCAGAAUGUCACCGGCAAUUGAUCACCUUGAUGCAGUAGAUUCUGAUCCACUGAACUUGGGACUUGCAGUGAUUGAUAGACUUAACAAACUUCAGUUAAACGUUGGAUCAAAACUCGCCUAUCUCCAUGUCACUCAGCCUCGCUACACAGCUUACGGUCAAACAGAAUCAGGCAGAGGUGGCUCUGAAGAAGAGGAAGCUCGGUUAUUGAGAACAUGGAGAAGGGAGUAUCAAGGAACUUUCAUUUCUAGUGGUGGGUUCACAAGGGAGCUAGGAAUGCAAGCUAUAGCUGAAGAUGCUGCAGAUCUGGUAUCCUAUGGCCGACUUUUUAUUUCAAACCCGGACUUAGUUUUGAGAUUAAAGCUCAAUGCACCCUUGAAUAAGUAUGUCAGGAAGACUUUCUACACCCAAGAUCCUGUUGUCGGCUACACAGACUACCCAUUUUUGAGUGAAGUAAAUGGGAACCAAGAGCCACUUUCACGCCUCUGAACUCAAAGUAAUUGGAACUUUUGUGUAUCGUAUAUGCAUUUGAAGUUUUAAUAAACAUCCGGUAUUUGGUCUAUAAGUGAAUGGCUUUGUCAAGACUUUCAGCUCAAACAAAGGUAAUUAUUUGUAUCCUUCUUUGUUUGAAAGAUUUAAAGUGUUUUGUAUAAUAAUUUAAUUCACAUAAACAUAUGUUCAAAAGAAAAAGGUUUGUGACAUUCUCCAACUUUGUAGUAAAAUAAAUAAUUAUAUAUAUUAUGGAAA